GGAGGUAGGGAGAAGGAGGGAGAGAGGGAGAGAGAGGGGAAAAGAAAGAUGUGGCAGCACGAUACAACUGUUCUCCACACUUCAUGUCUGUCGUGCAGAAGACUGCCUACUGAGAAAAAGAAAGUUGAGCCGCAGAAGAAAGUAAUCGCCAGUUCUUAUCUGUAGCGCUCGCAUGACAGACAGACGCGAAAGAGCAAAGCAGCUAAUCACAGGAGCGGAACGCGGCGCUCGGCCGCUGUGUCCCGCGUUCAUUGGUGGGGUGCGACUGGGGGGAGGGGCUUAAGCGUGGCGUGCACCUGUCAGCGCUCCCUGUCGGCUGUUAUUGUAACCCGCCGCCACUGAUCUUUGCUUGUAUCUCGCGCCGUGUCACCCCGUUGAGCGAUGCCGUAGGAAGAAGAAGAAAGAAAGAAAAAAAGAGUUGAGAGAAACUGUUGCGAAGGCGAGGACCUGACAGAACUCUUCACAUUCAGUGCCAGCCCUGGUCCACAGACAACCAGCGGCCCGUCAGGGGGAGCCCUGUUGAAUGACAGAACUGCAGAGCAGACGGCACCUUUGAAGUACGGCGAGUACUCACGUGACGCAGCACAACCUCCACGCGGUCAUCAUCAUCACACAGAGGCGAGGAAGACAUUUCAGUUCGUGAAUUGUGUGACAGUCGAAUUGUUCCUGAGCACAGUUUAUUUUCUGGACUUUUCGGGACCAGCAAGCCGAGCGAGAAACAAAAGAGAAGAAAGUAAUGGCUGAAAUAAUCUGAUGGAUAAAAACUUUCGUGUGUAUUCCUAUUGUUGUUGGAUUAAUGCAAAAAGAUUUGGAAGAGUUCGUGGGCGCGCUGCUGAGCGUGCUGCACGUGCUGAAGUCGGCAAGGACUAGAGAAGUGGUGGUGUGUGGACUCAGUCGCUCGCACGCGGUGACGUAGGUUUGGUCAGCUUGUACCGGAGGCUGACGCCAGGGAACAUCCCGUGAACACUCAGGAGAGACAGAAGAAAUAGCAACAGCAGUUGCAACAGUAGCAACAACAACACAACAGAUGAUAAUGUGCUCUGCAUGACUGGGAAAAGUCUCACUUGGAUAGUCAGAGAGACAGACCGCGGAAGAGGUUGAUGCUCACUGUACUCACACUUUCGUCCACACCCACCCAAACCUGCAAACCACUAACGGAAUCGCCCUCGUCGGUUAUUAGAGUUCUCCAUUCCAACCAUCCAUCCAUCUCUUUCAACCCUUCCACUCCACAAGACACCCAGGGUAUUAUCAUCCCUCUGCUGAAACUUCGGACUGGAGUCGAAGGGUUGGAGAUCGAGGACCGCCAUCGGCCGUCAACGUGCGUUGCUUAUUGUCGGACCGGUUGAACCUCGUCUGGACGUGCGCAGUUCGACCAGCAGCAACCUGAAGCAGUCGUUGUUUCUCCUGUUUGAUCACUGGUGCUGCCGCUGAUGAAGCAAACCUCGAGGAUUUUGAACUUGUCACGGCUUCCCUUUUGCUCAUCGUGAGUGUCUCAAUGAACCGUAAUCCUUUCCCACUUCCCGCCUCGCUGGGACACUUAAAGGGGACAAUCCUCCGCGUGUGUGACAGCAGUAAUAACCCAUCCACCUAAGUCUACAAGCCUGCUGAGAGCAAAAACCCACAAAAGAACCCGGCUUGGUUCCUUCGAGAGCUGGAUCCAUUGUUUUUAAAGUUUGUCUAGCAUUUGAAAGGAUUUUUUUUUUUUUUAAAAGGGGAGCUACUGCAGGUUUCUUAUUUACAGGAGCUGCGUUCAUUGGAACUAGACAUCGUUCCUGUCAACUGUGAGAAGCCAGUCUCUGAGAAUCCUGUCCUUUCGAUCGGUUUCUCUGACGAAAGAAGACACAAGCUCAGCAUCAGCGGCAGACAACUGGACGCAUGCGCGAGGGCGCGCGCGCUCUCUCUUUCUCCUGGAGGAGUUGUUCGCUCUUCGCUUCGAUAGAUCGAUCUGUGAUUCUGUUUGCCGCUUCACCGUGAGUGUUUGGGCAAGAUGGGACAGUCCCAGGUUUCACCACUGAUAACUUAGUGCCAGCUGGCGUUGCCUCCUCCAACCUAUCGGGUGAAGCGCCCUGAAGUAUUUGUGGUUUCCCUCCCAGGAGGCGGAUGCAGGUAGAGGGCUGCUCACCCACGAGAUCACGCGGCGAUUGCUGUUGAGAGACCUGGCGGCUGUUUGCUGACGGACGACAAGAGAGAGUUGUCAGCCUUGAUGACGUCAUCCUGAGGCACUUGGCGCCAUCGCAGGAGGCUCGGCAGUUGUUUUAAAGACGCUGAUUGGACGCGAUGGCUUCCACGGCAGCACGUCUUCUUCUGGUUCUUGUCGUCAUGGCGGCGAGCGUCCUGUCGCUUCAGGGGCAGGAGAUCCGCUUUAAGGUCAAGGAGGAACAGCCGGCUGGCACCUUGGUGGGGUCGCUGGCCGACAACGACUGGUUGCAGGCAGCCGUCUCCGACGAUGGUCGACCCUCCCUUCGCUACACCUUCCUCUCCACGGGCCUCUCACACGCAGAUUUCUUCACCAUCAACGUCACUUCCGGUGACAUCCGCACGGCUCGCCCCCUGGAUCGCGAGGCGCUGUGCGGCCUGUACUCUCCCGCCUGCCACAUGACCCUGGAGGUGGCCGCGCAGUCGGCGCUGACGCAGUUCUUCCGCAUGGCCACGGUGGUGGUGGAGGUAGAGGAUGUCAACGACCACGCGCCGCAGUUCCCGGCGGAGCGCGUGCGGCUGGACGUGCUGGAGGACGUGCUGAUGAACUCAUCGCUGGCGCUGGCGGCGGCCGAGGACCAGGACAUGGGCGUGUACGGCGUGCAAGCUUACUCUCUCGUCGGCGACUCCGCCGGCACCGUCUUCGUCCUCAAUGUGGCUGAGGCCCCAGACGGCAGACAGAAGGUGAGUCUGCUGGUCAAAGGCCCUCUGGAUCGGGAGAAGGUUUCCUACUACUACCUGACGGUGGUGGCGCGCGACGGGGGGAGGCCCCCUCGCAGUGGGACGAUGACGGUGGAGAUCAACGUGCUGGACGUCAACGACAACCCUCCGGUCUUCCACCCCUCCCGCUUCAACAUUUCCGUGGAUGAGAACACGCCCGUCAACUCCGUCGUACUCACGUUUAACACCACUGACGCAGAUCGAACCGCCAACGGACAGAAGAUGUUUCGCUUCAGUCCCUUAAUGCAGCCGGAAGUGACGCGGUACUUUCACCUCAACGCCAGCAGCGGGCAGCUGCGAGUCAUCGCGCCCUUGUCGGAGAUCCAGGGGAGGUCAUUCCAGAUGACGGUGGAGUGUUCGGACGGAGGGCACCCGGCCCUGGUGGGCGAGGCCGUGGUGGAGGUCCAUGUCGCAGACAGCGGCAACACGCGGCCGAGGGCCAUCCUGACGUUGCUGUUUGAAGGUUUUGUAUCGGAGUACGCGCAGCCUGGCACUGUGGUGGCGCACGUGCGGGUGGUGGACCCGGACCAGGGACUGCAGGGGCUGGUGCGCUGCUCCGUCAUCAGCGAGGCCAUGGAGCUGCAGGCCCUGGACGUGGACCAGUACAAAGUCAUCGUCAUUCAGGCACUGGACCGCGAGAAGCAAGCCACGCACAACGUGACAGUCACGUGCCGGGACGCGGGCUCCCCACCUCUCAGCACCAGUCUACAGUUUACCGUCCAUGUCGUCGACGUCAACGACAAUCCCCCGCGCUUCGACAGCGACGUCUACUACGCCAGCAUAGUGGAAAACAACGAAAUCGGUCUACAGAUCACGAGAGUGGCAGCCCACGACCCCGAUGUCGGUGACAAUGCCAAGAUCGACUACUCUGUGGCUUCCAGCAACGGCGACGCCGGCGUUAUCAUCGACAACAACGGCUACAUCAUUGCCACGCGCUCCUUUGAUCACGAACGCGACCACCAGGUGACCUUCGAGGUCCUCGCCACGGACAACGGCAACCCCAAGCGGCGCGCAACCGCCACGGUCAUCCUGACGGUGCAGGACGUGAAUGACGUGACCCCCAAGUUCCAGCAGAAAGGUUACGAGAUUAGGGUGAUGGAGAACAGCGUCGUGGGCAUGGCUGUCGGGAAGGUGACGGCUGACGACACGGACAGUGGGGACAACGGAAGGGUGACGUACGCGCUGGCCUGGGAGAACCCUCAGGAAUCAGCCUUCUACAGUCCGCUUGACAACACCAUCCCCAUCGCCGUCUCCUCCGACGGUACAUUGACACUUGAGCGGAAGCUGGACCACGAGCAGACGGCCCAGUACCGUCUUCUGGUCUUGGCUACGGAUAACGGAAAGCCCGCCAGAACCGGUUCUGCCAGGGUCACCCUCAUCGUCGACGACGUGAACGAUAACGCCCCGCAAAUCAUCGUCCCGGAUCCCACCAACAUCUCGGCGCUGGCGCUAGCCACCGACACCAAGCCGGGCUCGACACUGCUGGUGGUAGUGGCACGCGACAUAGACCACCCGGGGGUAUCCCAGCUGCACUUUCACUUGGCAAAGGCCACACCCUUCGUGCGCAUCAACGGUGAGAACGGGGUAUUGACCUUGUCUAGGGCCUUGAACUUCAAAGACGUGGGUCAGCACCGGGUGACUGUGGUAGUGACAGACUCCGGGAUGCCACCGCGGGCCAGCAACGCGUCCUUUGACCUCAUGGUUUUCGCCGCCAAUGCCUCGGACGGACCUCCGCAGCGUGAGCGUAUGGAGCAUCUGCUCAUCGUCAUCAUCCUCGGCUGCGUCACCGGCGUCAUCACUGUAGCCGUCAUCGUCACCAUUGUAGUUAUCCGCCGCGCCGACCAGCAGCGCCGGAAGUACUCUGAGCGACAUGACGUCAAGCCUGUCAGCGAGAAAGCUGCUGUGGAGCUGGACAGCGCCCUGGUCGUCAUCAACACCUCGCCGGACACCACCAUGACCAAAGGGCACGACGGCAAUCAGGGGUCGGGCAAGGAAGCAGGCUUUGAAGACGACAGCUUGCCCGACAAGUCUGUGAGUACAUACUAUUUCACUUCCGGCUCCGUGUCGCAGGAGUCCCAGCAGCAAGAUGGCGGCCAGCGGGAGGAGGGCCCGUGGAACAAGGCCUUGCGACUGCACCAUGACCUGCUCAAGCUUCACGGUCUGGACGCUGGGUUUUUGCUGCAACCCGAUGAUGGAACAAGCGACACCAGCGGAGAGUCGACAGCCUGUGACAGUGGUCGUGGUGGUAGUGAGGAGGACUCGCACAGCAACGGUCGGGCUUCCCCACCUCCUCCUUCUGACCUCCGCGUUCCUCCUGGCUCCAAAGUUCCCCGCCACUCGACCUUUCACCCCGCUGGGGUGAGUCGCACACUGCGCAGCAACCCGCCGUUGUCCCGCCACAACAUCUACAGCAACCAGCCCUCAGCCCUCGCCUCCUCCGGUCACUCCUCGUGGACCGACAACGGGAACCCCGUCAAGAAGGUCUCCUUCCACGACGACGUCACCCGCGGUCAGGCCAGCUCGCCCUUCCGAGGUCACGUGGACCGCUGGCAGUCCCCGGUCCUCAUCGGGGGCGUGACAGUGGACAGCGUACCUCCACCUCCACCCUCCCAGUUCCACCCUUUGUCCGGCGGCCAUCACAUCUACGGCAACCAGAAAGGCCGGCACUACGGCAACCUCAGCCCCCGCUCCGACCUCGAUACCAGCGUGGACACCGCCGACGACAGCGCCAGCACCACUACUUCCGGAAGCUACUGCGUGGAACUGGAGCCCCUCCCCCCUAAAGUGCGCAUGCCCAGAGCCGGCAACGACCACCAGGCCGUCGUUUGAUGACCCAAGACACCUCAGCCCAUCUCCGGACAAGAACCGCAGUCUUUGCAGUUCGCUAUGAUGGCCAAGAAUCAUCAUCACAAAUCCCAGGGUUAGCGAUAGGUCAUCUCUCGAUGACAGCUUGAUUUCCUUUCAGAUGAGAUGAGGGGCCGGUCUAGCGCCGAUUGUGGAGGUCAUAUGUCAUCUGUAAACGUUUGGACUAACGGGGAGGGAGUUGAAAGAAACCUUACUUAAAUUCCGAGAAGAGUCGACAGUCAAUGGUGUUCAAACGCUUUGUCUAAAAAAAAAAAAGGAACAAAAAUUAAAGAAAAUAAAUAAACAGAAAAAAUUGUUGACAAAACUACAUAUGACUCCACAAUAAACAAAUUUAUUUGAUUCCACAUGUCAGGAGAGCAACUUUGGGAAACCUAGCAUACUACAAUCACAUUCUUACACUCAAACGUCUCUUCGUAAAGACUUGAAACCAUCGCCAUUUGAAUGUUCGUGACCUGUCGUCGCUGUGGUCGUUGUCUGGAGUCUGUGAUGUGACGUCAGCAGUCUUUUCAGAUGGAGUUUUAACCACGUGACGAGAUGAAAGACCUGCGCCAGCAAUACGCCGGCGCUUCUCAAACACCACAACACUGAAGAUCAGCUGCGGAGCCGGCCCAUCAAAUAAUAAUUAUAGAAGUGAGAGAAAGGCGCCAUCUUACAGGAUCCGUCGCAACCUGAAUGAAGUCAUUUCCUCUUCUUUUUUUUUUUCUCUCUCUCUCCUUUACCAGUUGCUUGUGUAGAAGAUGUCUGGCGUCCUGCAAUGUAGCUAACGUCCACAGAUUGGAUUGGAGCAGCAGGACACUGUGUGGGGUUGAUCAGAAUGCAGCCUGUGGCCAAUUAGGAUGCUGGCGACUGCAAAAUAAAUUUUUCUUUUUCUGGGUGUUUUCCGAGUGCCAGGCGACCACACCUCCGGCGUGUUCUCUCGGGUGUGACGGUACCCGACUGGACUGGACUCCGCCAUUGGCCCUCGGCACACAAACAGAGCAUUUGGGAGGCAGAGGGUUAAAGUUCAACUCAUGUAAUGUUGCCACCUGUCAGGAAGUCCCACCUGUGCAGAAUUGCCUUAGUGGGAGAAGGUUUUCAGUUUGUUCUUGCCCAUAGGGGCAGUGAAACCUGUAUUAGUUUAUCCUCCUUCACACUUCUCUCAAAGGUCGCAUUAGAGUCUGACUACAUUUUUGUGGUGAGCCUCUCUUUUGGGUCGAUGAACUGUAUUCUGAAACAUUUAGAGAGAACAAAAUAAAGAAAACAUAAAUAAAACAAGGCUAGAAAAUUAAAGAAAAAGAAAUCGAAAGAAAAAAAAUGCUUUCAAUAAAAUUAAAAAUAUGCAGAUUGGUAAAAAAGACUGCAUUUACAGACAUAAAAGUACGAAAAAGUCAAUGAAGAGAAAGCCUAAUGUCUCCGCUAAAUUACGAGGAAGGAAGGAAGGAUAGAAAUGAAGCGGUGGGAAUGGUUGAGAUAAUCACGUGGUGUGUGCUGGCGGUGGCAAUGGAGGCUGGGUGAGAUUAUCAAGUGGUUUGUGUUAGGCUUCGGUUGUACCGCGCCAGCCAGACUAAACAACAGGUCCAGAGAUGUAAUGGCGAACUGAGCAAACACAGAAGCUUUACUAAAAUAAUACCGGACUCUGGCAGCGGUACGAGAAAUGAGAGAAAGAAAAAGCAGCUUGGGUAUGAUGAUGCUGGGACAAAACAAGAGACACUGGUCAAGCCUCGAUGCACGUUAUUUUUUUGUUUGUUUACACACUGUGUGCACAAACUUUGAAACACAAUUUGUUUUUCUGUUUUUUUUUGGGGAUGUUAUAUUCAUUGCAUUUAUACUGACAAAAUUACAACGAUUAUUUUUCUGAUAUUAACUGUCUGCAGAUCGUGAUAUAAUUGGACUUAUAUACCAAAAUGCUGUACUUUUGUGAACGAAUCUUGAUUUCAUGGCUGACUCUACUCUUUUGGAGCUGCACUGGGAAAAAAUUCAAACGAAUCUUGCAAAAUUUUCUGUUUUUGUUUGUGACAUGGUCUACUGACACUGUGAUUCUAGAUGUUUUGACUUCUGAACGUGCCACGUGACUUUUGAUGCUCGUGCUUGUGUUUGAAGUGCAGUGGCGUUUGUGACAUUUUGCGAUGUUUGUGACACUGGCAGUGUGACACUGAAUGUUGCCUUGAAUUCGGCACACUUAACGAUGAUUAACUGUUUGAUUUUAAAGUUUGCUUGCCAGGCAAGCUCAUUCGUCAACACUGGAAGGACAGAAGAAAGUGGUUGGGAUACUGAAAAACGGAAGAGGACACAACAAAAAAUUCUCUUUCUUCAAGCAAGAACGAAUAAAACCCGAAAGCAAACAAGAACAUUAAGAACCAUACGAGACAGUUGUCUCACCUGCAGACUUGAUCUCUGUGUUCACGUGCACGAAAACAAUAUUCUGACUCACAACAUGUGACACUGGUGUAAUUUUGCUUGUGGUCUUUCUUCCCUUUGAUUGAACUUUGCUCAUUCUGUUGGUAGCCACGCAGGGAGCACCGUAGCACUCUUUAUCAACUGCUACCACUUUCUCGCUGAUUUAUUCCUUGUUUGUGUGUCCUUCCUUUGCAAGGAAGUUCUCAAUAACAUGGUCAGACAUCACUUGCUUACGUGGGUCAGACUGGAGUCCAUGUCACCCUGGGUGCUGCGUGACAAUAAAUCUUAGCAAGAGCUCAGUGUGGGAUUAAAGACGGGAAUAGUCGAUGGUUGGGUGAGUGGGAUGAACACUAGCUUUUAUGGCUGCUUUGCUCUUUAGCUGUCUGGAAAUAUUCCUUAUAUCUUGGAUUUCAAUGCAUUUACCAUUCGGUGAGGGGGAGGUAGUCAGAAAGGAAAAAAAACCCCCAAUAAGUGAAGUCCUGAUGCAAUUUCGCAACAUAUAUAGCUUCUUGGUCACGUGACAGGAGGAUCCGGAUGUUCAACAUCAGCAGUCAUGUAGCCAUGCUAAACCAGCCAGUGGGGAGGUUUGUUGGUUUGAUUUGAGCUUCUGCAGCAGAGAUCGUUACCAUGACCACCAUCCUCAGUGGUGGUGGUAGGAGUAGUAUAUCAUUUCAGGUGACCUCCACCUCCUCAUGCCAGGUGAGCAUCGCCUCAAGUAAUUUGGGAGGCACAUUCCACCGAAAAUAGUAUCUUUGUAGAUCUCCACCGGCAGUAGAGAAAAUCGCAUUAGCGACUGUAUUAAUAUCUAACCAGGUGGAGUACAGGUGUGUGUGUGCGCGUGCAUGUUUCUUGUCAGUGUGUCGUGGACUUGUUUCGUGUCUACGCGUGCUUCUGUGAAUGAGUGUGUUCAAGUCUCUAUGCUAGUCAGUAGGAACAGGUGAGCGAAGAGGUGUUCACCCUAAAGUUACCAAUUGAGUACCCAGCCUCGUGGACUUGACCAUGUCCAUUAUUUCAGUGAAUUCACUUGGAAAUCUCUCCAAGAAGAAGAGUUUUAGUCCCGAGAGAGCUAAGACUGCAAAUGUCUACUGUUUACUUUUCACAUGCAUAAACAAGAGUUGUAACUCCCAGAGGGUUACAUUUGUACAUGUGCACCGGUCACUUUUACCUGCAUUUGAUCUGUUGUCGCGGAAACGAGCGAUGGCAUGAUGACCACGGCGAUGAUAGUGGUGUUAGAGGUUGUGUGUGUGUAUGUGCGUCUGCUUGCGUGCAUUCCUGUGGACAUUGCCGAUGCUAGCAUAAACAUUCUCUUUAUCCAGGUUGUCCAUAGCAAACUUUAGAUUACAAGUAUUUUCAUUGUUCCUUCCCUCUCUAAUCCCCUUUCAUCGCUUUGAAUUUUAUUUGUUAAAUAUUAUCUUAAAUGUCAUAGUUAAUAUUUCUGCAGAAUUGUUUUCUCCGAGAAACACCGGUAAAACCAUUUUAAGCCGUACACCCGUGUACCGCUCCCUCUAUUGCUGUGCAUCAUCAUCAUCAUCAUCAUCACCAUCAUCAUCACCACCAUCAUCAUCCUCAUCAUUAUCAUCGUCCAUCCAUCAUCAUCAUCAUCAUUCUCAUCAUCAUCUCUCCCGCACUCCAGUAGGGAGGCACCCUUGCCCGCCAUGUUGAUGCUGCCUUGUCAAACCGAUCUAACAUGGCCUUUUUUAAUUGUGUAAACAUCACUUUCUCCUUCCGAGUUUUUUAAAAAUCAAUUGCAGUUAAGAAUUUCGUCUUUUACAAAAUUGCUUGUAAAAAAAGGGAAAAUGUAAAGCAUUUUAAAGAUUUACAUGAAAACACGUUGAAAGGAUUUUCGAACGAAACGAAAAAAAAAAAUAAAUUUUUUUUUCAUUCUGCACAUGCGCAGUCCUGCCGGACUGACGUCACGUGCUAUCUCUACCUUUCCCAUUACGUGGGAAGUGUGUUUGUUCCUGUGCAGAAGGAAAACGAACAAGCGUUUACUCGGAUGACGGUGGGGUAGGGGGAGAGGGAGAGGGAGGUUGCUGGGGUCCUAAACACUGUAAUUAUCCCCCAUUAGAACAGCCCAGCGGGAUCUCUGAAGUGUGCAAUUAUCCUAGACUCGAUUGUAAGCCAGUCUUUGUCUGUGUUAUCACUUUGUAAACCUGUGUUUACAUGCCGUUCCUGUGUGCAUGUAAACAAAACUGUAAACGCAUACUGCAGUUUCUGCGCAACAUGGCUUUAAGCGCUUGAAACACAUUUUUACUUCUUCAGCCAGAAUUUUUUUCUUGAUUACGAAGGAGGCAGGUGACUGUGUGAAUUUGAUUUUUUUAAACUUAUUUUUGUUUUUUUGUUGAUAUACUCAUUGUUUGUAGUCAUUGUUUUGCAGGUGUCAAUUUUAACUUUGUCGUCAAGAUGUAAACAUCCGUGAAUUAUUGAAAGUGUUCUGCUUACAAUUUUAGUACAUCGAAUCUUAUUUGUUCUUUCGCUGGCAGGAUUACAGCUUAUCAUUUUUACUUGGAGACUCUUUGAGUCCAUUAUUUUUACAACAUCGAAUUUGUGUUGCCCAACACAGUCUUUUAGAAAAGGCAUUAAAUUUAACUUUUAUUAUUACAAGGUCUAAGAAUUUAUGAGUUAAUGAUUGUUUGACCUUUUAUUUUUUUUUUCUCUUUGCUAAUUUUACUUGUUUUGAGAUAUAUCUCGCUGAGUGCGGCUAUACCAAAAGUAGGCGAGCAUAUUUAGAGUACAUCGAGAAGUUGUUACUUUUGUCUUUGUUUGACGGUUGCUCGUACACCGUUCUUUAUGACGUGUCAACCUACAGAAAUAUUCAGAGCUGAUACAGUACAUCGCCUCUAGCCUCUCGCCCUUGACAUUGUAACUUUUGUGGCAUAACAAUAAACUGAUGUUCACUGA